AGUCACGUGAUCCAGGAAGUGUUUUGACUAGUGGCAGAGCACAGGCAGCUGAACUGUCACCUCUAGACAUGCAGACUUUAACCAGAUUAGAUCACAUAUGGACAAAUGUUACUUUAAAAUGCCGGUGGAAAAGAACAACGACAGCCUUCAAGCUCUGCACAUAUCCACCUGAACCUGUAAUCCCAGUCAAGAAACCUUUUAAAGUGGAUGUUGUUGGGGGGAAAUGGUAUUCAUGGUGCACUUGUGGAUACAGCAAAAAGCAGCCUUUCUGUGAUGGAGCCCACAAAUUAAAAGCACCAAGUUUCACUCCUUUACGUUUUGUCCCUGACAAAGACAUGACAAUAUAUUUAUGUGGCUGCAAAUACACCAAUAACCCACCCUACUGUGAUGGCACGCACAAGCAGGAUUUCAUAAUGUCUGCUCCACUGUAUGAAGAAAAGGACUCUUAACAUCUAUCUAAAUGUGGUUCAAUUGUCUCUUAGGUUGUGUUCACACUUAUACAUGCCCCACAUCAAAAUGCUGACUAAAUUAUUGCACUUGGACUCGACCAUGACUACACCAAAACCAAACCAAAUCUACAAUAUAUUAGGACUAAAUUGAGAUACAAACAAGUGUGAAUCCAGUCUUCUUAAAAUAGUUUUUUUAAAAGGUUGAAAAUGAAAGUACAUGCCCCACAAUAGAGAAACCUGUAUAGUAUUUCUAGCCAGUUGUUGGUUAGAUUUUGUGCCAUUGAUAUCAUGUAUCCUGAAUGUUUGCACUGGUACAAGAAUGUUAAGACAAACUUUUUAUAUCGCUAGUAUCCAAGAUUCAUAUUGGUUUGCAUAUAUGAUGAUUCGGUCACACUUUAAAGAAAAUGAAAACGUGAUUCACAAACUGUUUAUCGUGAAUUAGAAGCUUCAAUGUUAAAAUGUGUUUCUAGUCAACAAGCACCAACCAUUAACCUACUACCUCACCUCAGUAUUUAUUUCAUAUCGUUUGUGUAUGCUUUUGUUCAUAAUAUACCUAAUGAAAUUAAGUUGGCUAAUUUACUUGAUGCACAAUUAAAUUUGAACAAAUGUACC